AUGCUCAGGCCACAGCUACAGGACUUUGCUCUCUGUAGCUUUAAACCCAGUUCCUGCUUCGCUCUGACGCUGUGUUUCAAGAAUACGAGUCGGUGUAACAGGCUGUGGUGCUGUGGUAUACAGGUGCACAGGCGCACGGCACAGGCAAACAGGACACAGGCGCACAGGACACAGGCGCACACGGCACCGGCACACACGGCACAGGCGCACACGGCACAGGCGCACACGGCACAGGCGCACACGGCACAGGCGCACACGACACAGCCGCACAAUUAA